AUGGAUCCUAAAGAACCUAUUGUCAUCGUUGGCAGUGCCUGCCGAUUUCCAGGCAAGGCUGAUUCUCCUUCGAAGCUCUGGGAGCUUCUGCAGGAGCCAAAAGACUUACAAUCUGAGGUUCCCAAGGAAAGGUUCAACAUUGAUGCCUUUUACCACCCUGACGGGUCGCAUCCGGGACGUACAAACGCCCGCCAUGGCUACUUUCUGCAAAAUAACCUUCGGGCCUUUGAUGCCCCUUUCUUCAACAUACAACCCGUAGAAGCAGAGACUAUGGAUCCGCAGCAGCGUCUGCUGCUUGAAACCACAUACGAGGCUCUUAAUUCUGCGGGAUUGAGGUUACAAGAUCUGAGAGGAUCUGACACCGCAGUGUACGUUGGUCUGAUGACCCACGACUUCGAGGUGACCAAGUACCAUGAUUUGCAAAACACCGGUACCUACCUUGUUACCGGUGCGGCAACCAGUAUUAUUUCGAAUCGCCUGUCGUAUUUCUUCGACUGGCAUGGGCCUAGCAUGACAAUCGACACGGCAUGCAGCUCAUCUCUCGUUGCUGUUCAUGAAGCCGUACAGCAAUUAAGGAGUGGCGCUAGUACGGUAGCCGUUGCCGCUGGCGCAAAUCUCAUUCUGUCACCUGUCUCAUACAUCUCUGAAAGUAAACUGAGCAUGCUGUCCCCAACAGGCCGUUCGCGCAUGUGGGACGCUGCCGCUGACGGCUAUGCCAGAGGGGAGGGUAUUUGCUCGGUAGUUCUGAAGACGCUCAGCCAGGCGCUACGAGAUGGAGACAACAUUGAGUGUGUCAUCCGUGAGACGGGAGUCAAUCAGGAUGGCCGCACCACUGGUAUCACUUUACCUAGCCACUCCGCUCAGGAGGCACUCAUCCGGGAGACAUAUGCGAAAGCUGGGCUUGACUUAUCCAAGCCUCAAGACCGUUGCCAGUUUUUUGAGGCUCACGGAACGGGAACCCCAGCUGGCGAUCCCCAAGAAGCCGAAGCAAUCGCAACGGCAUUCUUUGGCGGCGGGAAUGGCGACCGCACUGAGCUGCCGCCGCUUCUUGUUGGUAGUGUGAAGACGGUCAUCGGUCACACUGAAGGAACUGCUGGUCUCGCCGGCCUAAUGAAAGCGUCACUCGCAGUUCAACACGGCAUUAUCCCGCCGAAUCUGCUAUUUGACCAGCUCAGUCCUCGUGUAGCGCCUUUUUACCAGAACCUACGCAUCGCCAGAGAAGCUCAAGCAUGGCCAGCAACGCAGAGCAAGUCCCGAACAGCAACUCUGAUACGAUUGACAGGUUUUGGUGGUACAAACGCGCACGUCAUUAUUGAAGAGUACAAGGGUAGCAGCACCCAACAAGCACCCUCGAAGCCCAAACAGAUCAGCUCUACACGCGGUUUGCCCUUGGUGUUAUCGGCCAAGUCUGAAGCAUCCCUGCGGAAAUACAUGGAGCGCAUUCUUGAGCUUAUCAACACGAGCCCGGAGCUGGAUAUCUUGGAUCUUGCUUGGACGUUGCUCCGCAAGCAGUCCGCCCUAUCCCGUCGCUACUCCGUCGCUGGCCAUACGAAGGAGUCCAUUUCCGCUACGCUGACAGCCGCCCUCAAGGAAAGCAAGAUUGAGGCGAACCCUGGUUCCAAGAGCUCGAGCGGUGACAACAUUUCACUCUUGGGCAUUUUUACGGGUCAGGGCGCACAAUGGCCCGGCAUGAUGAAGGGGCUCAUGUCUACCAUUCCGUACGUUGAGGAUAUUGUCGCUGAGCUGGAUAAUUCACUUCAGACAUUACCAGCUGAGUAUCGACCAUCAUGGAUGUUGCGAGAGCAGUUUCUCCUGGAUGAAACAGAGUCCAACGUGGCAAAGGCAAGCUUUUCUCAGCCACUUUGCUGUGCUACUCAGAUAGUGCUCAUCAGACUCCUGGCUGCUGCAGGAAUCAAGUUUACCACCAUCGUAGGCCACAGUUCCGGCGAAAUUGCUUGCGCUGUCGCGGCCGGGUUGGUCAGUCCUGCGCAAGCCAUUCGGAUUGCCUACCUGCGCGGUGUCACCUCUCAGUAUGCUGCCUCGCCUCGAGGUGAAGCUGGCCUUAUGUUGGCGGCAGGAGUGUCUUUCGAAGAUGCGCAAGAGUUGUGCGAGCUGGAUGCUUUUGAGGGUCGUGUAUGUGUUGCGGCCAGCAACUCGCCUGACAGCACAACCAUUUCCGGCGAUGAAGACGCCAUCACCCAAGUCCAAGAUAUUCUGGAGGAUGAGUCCAAGUUCGCCCGACUGUUGAAAGUAGAUAAAGCUUACCAUUCUCACCACAUGCUUCCCUGUGCAGAGCCCUAUAUCAAGGCUCUCAAGGAGUGCGGGUGCGCAGUCGCUGACGGCGAUGAGUCGUCCUCCGUUGCAUGGUACUCCUCUGUCCACCUCAACACGCGCAUGAAGCUAAGCAACGUGACGGCUGAGUACUGGAAGGAUAACUUGGUCAGUCCAGUGCUGUUUAUGCAGGCUCUUGAGGAGGCCGCAAUCGAGCACCGCCCGCUCGACGCCGCCAUUGAAGUCGGCUGCCAUCCUGCUCUGAAAGCACCGGCCCUGUCUACACUCAAGGGAAUCGGCCUGGACGACUUGCCGUAUACUGGAUGUAUGCAGCGAGGUGGUGACGAUGUCGCCGCUUUUGCUGGUGCUCUUGGAUAUCUGUGGGAACGAUUUGCGGACUUGGAGCCUGUCAACGUGGACCAAUUUGUUGCCACGGUGUCGCCCGAGAAGCCCGAGAAUUUGAGCAAGACGUUGCCUAGGUAUCCUUGGGAUCACUCUCGUGUAUACUGGUCUGAGUCGCGUGCGAUCAACUCCUUCCUUCACGGACCUCGCCCUCAUCUGCUUCUAGGCUCGCUUUCAGCGGCCUCCACUGCUACAGUUUUGCAGUGGCAGAACAUCUUCAGAGUCAAAGACCAUGAGUGGAUGAAGGGGCACGGACUCCAGGGCCAGGCUUUGUUCCCAGCCGCGGGUUUCGUGGUUAUGGCCAUGGAGGCCGGUAUCCAUGUGGCGGGUGAUCGUCCGAUCAAGCUGGUUGAAGUUCUGGACUUGAGCAUCGAUAAGGCCAUCAUCUUCGAAGAUGAGACCAGCCCGGCCGAGGUCAAUCUUACAGCGAAGAUUGUCUCCCGUCCAUCAGACACGGAACAAGUCGUUUUAAGCUUCAGCAUCGACUCCUGCCUCAACAAGGAAACCAAGCUCUCGACGUCGGCUCAAGGCCAAGUCGUCGUCACUUUCGGAUCUGCGUCCUCCAACAGUCUUCCGCCAGUACAAGGAGAGCAUCCUCACAUGAUUGACCUCGACAUCAACUACUUCUACCGAGAGCUUGACUCCUUGGGAUACUGUUACGACAAGCUAUAUCGAUGCAUUUCGAAUAUGAGACGUGCCGACAGCAGAUCCGCCGGCACCCUUCCCAACCUCCGUCUAGAUGAUGGUGGGCUCCCUCUGGUGCUGCAUCCCGCCACCCUCGACUUGUCGUUCCAGACCAUCAUGGGAGCUUACUCCCAUCCCGGUGACAAGCGCCUCCGUUCCCUCUACGUUCCCGUUCACGUCGACAGGAUCGCAAUCGUUCCUGGGCUUUGUGCGGCGGCUCUCGAGAACUCGGGCGAACUACACUUCAACACAGCAAACACUUACGACAAGGGUGACUUUUUCGCCGGCUGUGUCGAGGCGUUUAGUACCUGCAACAAUCAUGCGGCUCUCUUCCACGUCGAGAACCUCGUUUUGAAGUCUCUGUCGCCGCCAACAGCGUCUGAAGACCACCGCGCUUUCACCACAACGGUCUGGGGUCCUUUCAUGCCCGAGACGCUUCUAGACGACCCGGCACUGUGGGCAACGGAGGAAGAUAAACGAGUCAUGCCCAUCAUCGAACGAAUCAUUUACUUCUAUAUUAAGAACUUCCUUCGCGACUUGACGGCCGAAGACCGCCAGAACGCCACAGCCCCCCAGCAGAGCUACAUCCACUGGUAUGACAAUGUCAUGGUCGAUGUUGCAGCCGGACGCCACCGGUGGUAUGAGAAGUCCUGGGAAGAUGACACAGCUGAAGACAUCCAGUUGCUUUGUGAAGCGAACUGGUAUCACCCCCAUGUGCGUCUGGCUCACAGAGUCAAUGAAAAUGCCAUAUCCACAAUCCGCGAAAACAGUAACCCCUUCUCGUGGAUGAACGAAGACGGUCUUUUGACAGAAUUCUACACCAGCCGUCUGUCCACAGGACCAGGCUGGGGCUAUGGCAAGAAAAUCGUUGACCAGAUUGCGCAUCGUUUCCAGUCCAUGGAUAUUCUGGAGAUUGGCGGUGGCACGGCUGGAGCUACGAGGUCCAUCCUGUCAAUUCCACAACUGGGUUUCAACAGUUACACCUUUACUGAUAUUUCUCCCGCUUUCUUCGAGAAGGCCCGCGAGGAGUUCGCCGUUCACCAGGACCGCAUGGAAUUCAGGAAGCUUGAUAUCUCCCGGAGUCCUGAAGAGCAGGGGUUCAAGCCUCAAUCUUACGACCUCGUUCUCGCGUCUUCCGUCCUGCAUGCUACACCCAACCUCACGGAGACGAUGGCAAAUGUGAGAUAUCUCCUGCGCCCUGGUGGCCACGCUGUAAUCCUUGAGGCUACCCACAAGGACCACACCCGUGUCGGUUAUCUCUUUGGUCUGUUCCCCGAUUGGUGGGCUGGCCGUGAUGAAGGCCGUGUCUUGGAUCCUUUCGCAACCAUUGAUGAGUGGGACGCUAUAUUCAAGCGUACCGGUUUCUCCGGAGUGGAGUGUCGUACUUUGGAUCGGGACGGUCACAUUUUCCCCAACUCACUCUUCACUACUCGCGCCGUAACUCCCAAGGUCACCAGAUUGUAUCAGCCGCUAGCAGCUCCAGUGUUGGAGUCGUAUGCGCCGCUCGUCGUCGUCGGGGGCAGCUCUUCUAAAGCAUCCCAUGUUGUGGAGGAGAUUAGCAAGAUUCUGUCGCACCGGGAGCCGAGUUUUGUCAAGAACCUGACGGACUUGCGCGACGCAACAUACGAGAACCACCCGACAUUUCUCAUUCUCUCCGAGUUCGACGAGGAAUUGUUCUUGGACAUCAAUGAGGCAAAGCUCGAAUCUGUCAAAUCCUUGUUUUCCCAGGCCGGCAACGUUCUCUGGGUUACGGAAGGCGCUUGGGUUUCCAACCCCCGUCAGGCUAUGACAAUCGGCAUGCUUCGUACCAUUCGUAACGAGUAUCCUGAAAUCAACGUUCAGGCGUUGGAUGUGGAUGAUGUCCAAUGCGUGAAGCCCAUGGUUCUCAUCGAGCAGCUUUUGCGGCUUGAGGAGUGGUCUGGAGCAAAGGAGGACGUCUUGUGGACUUACGAACCGGAGGUCUACGUGUCCAAGGGGACCUUACUGGUUCCGAGAAUCAAGCAUGACAUGCCUCGAAAUGAUCGUAUGGCUUCAGGACGCCGAAAGAUCUUUGCUCAAGCCUCUCCAGAAAAGGCUGCCCUUACUUUGCAACUGCCCGACAAAGAUCUGUAUCUGGAAUCCACCAGAGCCAAUGGCUUUGAAGGACAACGGGGCACGAAGAGCUUGGCCAUCAUUACACGUUUUGCUCUUGCAAAGGCUAUCCGUAUAGGAAACCUUGGAUACCUGCAUCUCUUGCAUGGCACCGUCAAAGGAACAGACAGGAAGGUCAUCGCAUUAUCUCAGAGCAACUCAUCCAUCGUCAACGUCCCGAGCACGCUUGUGUCCGACCUCCCCGCCGGUUCUGAACUCGCACCGUCUGUAUUACUCAACAUUGCGGCAAGCCUUCUCGCGCAAACGAUCGUGUCCAGCAUAGCCCCUGGCGCAUCCGCCCUCAUUUUUGAGCCACCCACGUUCUUCAUCAAUGCGAUAGCAACAGCCGCUGCAAAGCAACGCAUUCGCGUUCACUUCUUGUCAACUCAGCCACCUCCAGUCUCGUCAGAGUCCACCAAAGUGGCAUGGACUAGACUGCAUCCACAAGAGACGGACGAAGGCCUCAAGGAAAUUCUCCCCACCAAGGCGUCUGCCCUGUACGACUUGUCACAGGGCAACAGCGUCACGUCCUUGAGCACUCGCUUGGCCCGUCAUGUCCCUGCCAGCUGUUCCCAGAUCCGUCUUGGCCAUUUCUUCCAGGACAACGCCUCUUCUGUUGAUCAACAGGAAGACUUCAGUCCCGAACAAGUUGGAUUUGCUGCUCAAGCUGUCGCCACUGCAGUCGAAAGUCUCAUAAACGCAGGUCAAGUGGACGCGACGGCUAGACCAAUCAGCCAAGUGUCGUCGCCGCAGGAUGAUUUUGACGUGUCUACGGUGCUUGACUGGGCCGCAGAGGACCCUGUUCCCGCUCGAAUCCGGCCAAUCGACCACGGCAAGCUUUUCGUACCGGACAAGACCUACUUGCUUGUUGGCCUCGCAGGAUCCACAGGUCGCGCCCUCGCUCGCUGGAUGGUGACGAGGGGUGCUCGCUACAUUGUCCUCUCCAGUCGUAACCCACAGGCCCCCGAUCCCAAGUGGUUGAAGAAGAUUGAGAGACUGGGCGGGAACAUAACGGUGUUGCCCAUGGAUGUCUCCAAGAAAGAAUCUGUUGAUGCCGGCCUGGCUCAAAUUCGCCAAAAGCUGCCACCCAUCAACGGCAUUGCGUACGGGCCGCUCGUGUUGCACGACACGCUGUUCAGAAAUAUGGACAUCUCAAUGAUGCACCCCGUGCUCAAUGCAAAGGUUGUAGGAGCACAGCUUCUUCACGACUACUUUUCUGACCCGACUACCAACCCCCUGGACUUUUUCAUCAUGUGCUCGUCUGCUGCCACAACGGGAGGCAACCCUGGACAGGCCAACUACAACGCCGCGAACGCGUUCCUGCAAGCGCUCGCUCAAAAGCGCCGCACUAUGGGAUUAGCCGCCUCAACCAUCCAUAUCGGUGCGGUCAUGGGCGUCGGAUACCUAGCCACGCGUGAGGAAAAGUUCGACCUCCAGUCGGUGUCUGACAUGGAUCCUCUGGGAGAGGCCGAGUUCUGCACACUUGUAGCAGAGGCUGUCGUGUCCGGCCGGCCACCCUCGCCCCCUCCUGCUGAUGGCCAGGACCUGACUGCGAUGUCUGAGAUCGACAUUGGCACAGGUAUCCCGGAGCUCCACGCUCGGUUCAAGGACAGCCUGGUCUUUUACAGUGAUCCUCGGUUCGGUAACCUCAAGGUUCCCGAGAAGCGCGACAAGACCAGCUCUGGACUCAAGACCUCGAUCAAAGAGCAGCUGCUCACAGCCACAGGCCUGGAAGAAGUCCGCCAGAUCAUUAUUGACGGCAUGUGCGAGAAGCUACGCGGCACUCUUCAUCUUCCAGCCGACGAGGGCGUCGAUCCUGCUGCCCCCCUUAUCGAUCAAGGAGUUGACUCUCUAGGCGCCAUCACUGUCGCCUCAUGGUUCUCGAAUGAGCUGGUGCUUGAUGUUCCUAUUUUGAAGGUUCUCGGCGGUGCUUCCGUCGCAGAGCUCGCUGAGGAGGCAGCUGGAAGACUGCCAUCGGGUGCUAUUCCUCUGGUCGCAAGAGACCCUGACGCAGUUUCUGACGAGAGUGACACCUCUGCGAGUGCUUCCCAGUCAGAUUAUGGCGCUCAAACACCCAUCUCAACCCCGACCACGGAAGUUGACGACGCCGAUCGUGAUCCUGAUGUGCUCCGCAAGGCGCCCUUGUCGCUUACGCAAGAAUACUCUUGGAGUCUCCAGCAGCAGUUGGCCCACGAUCCAACAAUCUUCCAUAACACUGUUGGACUAGUUAUGGAAGGCAACUUGGACCUGGAGCGCCUGUCAAGGGCUGUGGCAACUGCUUUCAGCCGUCACGAGAUCUUCCGCACAGCCAUCAGGUCAGACUCCGAGAACGCUGAGCAGGCGGCGCAGGUGGUAUUGAAGGCCCCGACGAGAGGUCUCCAGUGCAUCGAAGUGCCGGAUCGCGCAGCCGCGGAAGAAAAGCUGAAGCAAUUGGAAACUGAGAAAUAUGAGCUGGCCGCGGCCGAGGCAUACAAGAUCGUAGACCUUUACUGGGCGCCAGACCGUCAUAUGCUUGUGAUUGCUUAUCACCGCCUCACAGGCGACGGUUCGACCACGGAUAACCUCUUUGUCGAAUUGACGCAGCUGUACAACGGCACUCAGUUACCUGCUCCACCCCAAUACGCCGACUUUGCCGUCAAGCAACGAUCUGAUCUCAAGAACGGCCGGAUGGAUGCCGACAUCACCUAUUGGAAGUCCAUUUACGCAACCAUGCCGGCGGUGAUGCCCAUACUGGCACUUCCUCAGGCGCAGCAACAGAGAGCCACGGCUUUGUCCUGGCAACAGCACACGAGCAGUGCCCGUUUGAGUUCCGUGAUCGCCAUGCGAAUCAAGGAAUCCGCUCGUCAGCUUAAAGCAACUCCUAUGCAAUUCUACCUUGCCGCUUAUAAGACUCUUCUGGCUCUGUUAAGCGGACAGAGAGAUAUUGUCAUCGGCAUUGCGGAUACGAACCGCUCCAGCAUUGAUGACAUAUCCACCAUGGGCUUCUUCGCCAACAUGCUACCCAUACGGAUGGAACACGAGCCGAACGACAAGUUCGCCGAGGUACUCGCCGAAACCAAGGAUCGCAUGCGCCAGGCAAUGCUGCAUUCCGCCGUGCCUUACAGCGUCACGCUGCAGCGCCUGGGUCUCCUGGGACAACAAAACUCUCCCUCGGCCAGAGAGAUGACGCACGCCCCGCUGUUCCAGGCCGUUUUCGACUACAGGCAAGGCGAGCGAGCCGACAGCGGAAAGAUUGGUGACGCUUCCAUUGUCAAGGUCAUGGUUUCUCGGGAGCGAACCCCUCAUGAUGUCAGCCUCGAGAUGGCAGACGAUCCUUCGCGCGAUCCCCUCCUUACAGUCAAGCUGCAGAGCUCCCUCUACGGUCCGCAGGAUCCUCAGACUUUCUUGAAGUUGUAUGAGUCUGUUCUUGCAACGCUCUCAGUGAGCACGACGAUGCGUGUUGGGGAUAUAAAGGUCGGCGUUUAG